UCCUUAUUUUACAACUUUUGAAUUUUAAUACGGGCGCCCCCUAGGAGGGAUCCAAUUGUUCAAAAACAAAAUACCCUGAAAGAUUUUUACAAUUAAAUAAUAUUUAGGGUAUGCUCAAUGACCCGGAAUUUUGGUGUAUGUGCCCGAGCUGUCCAGCCACGCCAUAAUGCCAAAAGUAUGAAAUAAGGACCACCGUACCGACUGUGGCAGGGUUUGUUUUAGCCUGAUCUCCUUUGUUGCUUACUUUAACGUGCUUUUGUCUACACUAGUUGCUUGUGAACAUGUGUUUUUUAUUUGUGUUAUAGAAAUUAAUUAAUAAAGUUGCCAUGGCAGUAUCGACAAGGAAGCAGUCUGAGAUAUAUUUACUUGGGACAGUGAAAUAAGAGUUUACAGGCGCUAAAUUGCCAUCAAUACAGGACGUCCUUGGUGUGUUUUUUUACCAUCUGAAGGUCGUUGAAGAAACGAAGCAUUCAGCUGCCAAAGAAACAAUUCGACAACUCUUCACGUACUGGAGCCGUGCAAGAAUACCAGUCCGGGAUGAACGAAGAGCAAUAAAGAAGUUGGAAGAUUUGGUUCUGACUUGGGAUAACCUUAAGAAAAACAAAAACAGAAAAACUGAAACACAGAAGAGGAAUGAAGAAGCUUUUAUUGCUGAGUUUCCGAAUCUGUUUGAUAUUUCUCAUGGCGAUGCUCUGCAAAUGAUAAACAUUGAAGAAGAUAAGCAAUUUUUGCUUGCUCAACUGGAGAGGAUCUAUGGCAGGAUUGGACAAGAACUUGGAGAAUAAGGAAAAGGAGAAAGAAAAACGAGAUAACCAAAUGAAGAAGAGAAAAGAUGCUAGUGAGGAAGUGAAAAGGAAAAUGUUUGACACGGCUGUGCUGGAAGACACCUCCUCCGACGAAUCACAGGAUGCAGAUUUCUCAGGACCUUCGACAUCAAGCCUUACCAGUCCAAAUCCAUGCCUUCGAAAACGCGGGAGAAAAAACAUCCUUACACCGGAAGUUCUUGGUUCCCUUGACAGAGCUGGGAUCAGUGACAGGCAUGCUGUUCACACUGUGGCAUCCGUUAUUUCUGCAACAGGCCAGAACGCGGCAGAAUUUGCUGUGAACCGAUCUUCCGUUCGCAGGUACCGGCUGAAGCAUCGAGAACUGAGAUCAAAGGAACUGAAAGUAGAGUUUCAAAGUCACGGAAAGCCUCUAACUAUCCACUGGGAUGGAAAGCUGAUGAAGGAUUUGACAGGAGAUGAAAAAGUAGACAGAUUGCCGAUUGUUGUUUCUUCUGAUGGUGUUGACCAGCUUCUAGCUGUUCCUAAGCUUUCAUUGGGAACAGGACAUGCCAUAUGCGACGCCAUUGUCCAGAUAAUUGAUGAUUGGAAGAUCAAAGACGAUAUUAAGGCCUUUAGUUUUGACACAACAGCGGCUAACACUGGGCGACGUAAUGGAGCGUGUGUUCUUCUGGAAGGAAAACUCGGCCAUGAUGUACUGUACUUAGCAUGCCGCCACCACAUCCAUGAGAUUAUGCUCGAGGAAGUGUUUUCCUUAUGCAUCAGCCCUUCAUCAUCACCCGAGAUACAAUUAUUCAAGAGGUUUAAACAGUUCUGGCCAAACAUUCAAACUGCUGACUUUUAUGCAGGGAUCCAGGAUGACGCUGUAAUGGCUCAACUUGAUUCGGAAACCAGGCAGAGGACUCUUUCCUAUGCCACUGAGCAGCUACACACGGAACACCCCAGAGACGAUUACAGAGAGCUCCUUGAAAUAACAAUUAUUUUCUUGGGAGGCGUUCCUCCGAGAGGUGUCAGAUUCAUGAAACCAGGAGCGAUGCACAGAGCCAGAUUCAUGUCACGUCUCAUUUACAGCAUGAAGAUAUUUAUCUUCAGAAACAGUGGAUUUCAUCUUACUGACUGUGAGCUCAAUGGACUCAAGGAUCUCUGUGUGUUUGCAGUGAAGUUCUACAUAAGAGGCUGGUUUUCUUCUCGUCUUGGAAUCUCAGCUCCAAAGAACGACCUUCUGCUCUGUAAGGAAUUGUUGGCUUCUGGAAACUGUACAUCGCUUGCUGCCUUGAAGAAGUUAAAAGGACACCUUUGGUACUUGUCGGAAGUACUCGUAGGCUUUUCUUUUUUUGACGAUUCCAUUUCUGUUGAAGACAAGAGAAAGAUGGUCAAGGCGUUGGACAACCCUGGAGUACAAGAACCAGCCAAACGCAUCUCUCUAUUAGACCAAGAUAUAGGAGAAAAGGAGAUACCUGACUUCGUGACAACAAAUACAAAGAAGUUCUUUAGUGCUCUGAACAUUUCAACCAGCUUCUUCGAUGAAGAUCCUGCCAUCUGGCGUGAUCUGCCUGCCUUUACUGAAGCACAGACAUUUGUUGGUAAACUUCGAGUUACUAACGACACUGCAGAGCAAGGCGUCGCCCUCAUUCAGGAGUAUAGCGGACUUCGGACAAAAUCUGAAGAGCAGACGCAAUUCAUCCUUCAAGUAGUGGCUGAGCAUAAAAAGAAGUUACCAGAAAUAAGCAAAGUAGCAGUUGUGGAAAGCCUGAAGACAUAAUUUAGUUUGGAAGAUGACUAAGUGAGUUGCUUUCAGAACAUUAUGUUAUACAAAUAUCUUACAUUUGAAAAACAUUCAUGUCACUUUACUGCGUUGAACACUGAGACUGAGUGACUGCUAUAUGCGAAAGUUUGUUUGAAUUGAGCAUACCCUAAAUGUUAAUAAAAUUCAACAAUAAUUAAAAGCAAGUGUUUUUACACCGAAUGGAAACAUUUUGAGGGGCGCCCGCCAAAUUUUUUCCAAAAUAAAUUUUCAACCUCCUAUAAGGACCAC